GGACACUAGCCGGUACGGCCGGAGAAGCCAUCUUGCCGAGAAAGAGAGAGCCUGGAACAGAAGGGCGUGAGUUGGGAGCAUUAGAAACUCGAUUGGCUAAAUUUGUACCACGUGCCUAGGCUGAACUCUGACCACCAUGGCCUUGGCACGGGCCAACAGCCCCCAGGAGGCAUUGCUUUGGGCCUUGAACGACCUUGAGGAGAACAGUUUCAAGACGCUGAAGUUUCACUUACGGGAUGUGACCCAGUUUCAUCUGGCCCGAGGGGAACUGGAGGGUCUGAGCCAGGUGGGCCUGGCAUCAAAACUGAUUUCAAUGUACGGAGCCCAGGAAGCCGUCAGAGUGCUGAGCAGAGGCUUGCAGGCCAUGAACUUGAUGGAGCUGGUAGACUACCUCAACCAGGUUUGUCUGAAUGAUUACAGAGAAAUCUACCGGGAGCACGUCCAUUGCUUGGAAGAGAGGCAAGAUUGGGGUGUUAACAGCAGCCACAGCAAGCUGCUCCUGGUGGCCACAUCCAGUUCAGGGAGUUGCAAAUCACCUUCCUGUUCUGACCUGGAACAGGAGUUGGAUCCUGUCCAUGUGGAGACUUUAUUUGCUCCAGAGGCAGAGUCCUCUUCAGCCCCACCCAUAGUGGUGAUGCAAGGAUCUGCGGGCACUGGGAAGACAACCCUGGUCAAAAAACUGCUGCAGGACUGGGCCAAAGGGAAGCUGUACCCAGGCCAGUUUGAUUAUGUUUUCUAUGUAAGCUGCAGAGAAGUGGUCCUGCUACCCAAGUGUGACCUGCCCAACCUCAUCUGCUGGUGUUGUGGAGAUGAUCAAGCCCCAGUCUCAGAGAUUCUGAGGCAGCCUGAGCGGCUCCUGUUCAUCCUGGAUGGCUAUGACGAGUUACAGAAGUCCAGUCGUGCUGAGCGCGUACUUCACAUUCUGAUGAGGAGGAGGGAGGUACCCUGCUUCCUUCUCAUCACCACACGGCCUCCAGCUUUGCAGAGUCUGGAGCCCAUACUGGGUGAACGGCGACAUGUCCAUGUCUUAGGCUUCUCUGAGGAGGAGAGGGAGACAUAUUUCAGCUCUUAUUUUACGGAUAAGGAGCAAUUGAGAAAUGCCCUUGAGUUUGUGCAAAACAACGUUGUUCUCUAUAAAGCAUGCCAGGUUCCGGGCAUUUGCUGGGUGGUCUGCUCCUGGCUGAAGAGGAAGAUGGCGAGAGGCCUAGAAGUCUCAGAGACACCUAGCAACAGUACAGACAUCUUCACUGCAUAUGUGUCUACCUUCUUGCCCACUGACGGCAACGGGGACAACUCUGAGCUCACCAGGCACAAGGUACUGAAGAGUCUGUGCUCCUUGGCAGCGGAGGGGAUGCGGCACCAGAGGCUGCUGUUUGAGGAAGACAUCCUCAGAAAACACGGCUUAGAUGGCCCCAGCCUUACGGCUUUCCUGAACUGUGUCGACUACCGAGAGGGGCUUGGCAUUAAGAAACUCUACAGCUUUCGCCACAUCAGCUUCCAGGAAUUUUUCUAUGCCAUGUCCUUUCUUGUGAAGGAGGACCAGAGUCAACUGGGAGAGGCCACGCACAAAGAAGUGGCAAAGCUGGUGGAUCCGGAGAACUAUGAAGAGGUGACGCUCAGUUUGCAGUUCUUAUUUGACAUGUUGAAAACAGACAACACCUUGAGCUUGGGGCUGAAGUUCUGUUUCAAAAUUGCUCCUUCAGUAAGGCAGGAUCUGAAGCAUUUCAAAGAACAAAUAGAAGCCAUAAAGUACAACAGGUCAUGGGAGCUGGAGUUCUCGCUCUAUGAUUCUAAAAUAAAGAAGCUCACGCAAGGUAUCCAGAUGAAAGACGUCAUUUUCAAUGUGCACCAUUUGGAAAAAAAGAAAUCUGGCAAGAAGAAGCCGGUUUCAGUGACAAGCAGCUUUGGUAAGGGGAAGGUACAAAGUUCACUCUCGGAAACUGGUAAAAGCACAAGGAGACAAAAGAAGGCAUCUAAUGGGAAAAGCGGAGGGAUGGAGGAACCAGCCCGGGGGAUUAGGGCCAGUCAGCUGGCAAGCAGAGAGAAGGGUCAUAAGGAUAAGGAGGAUGGUGUGGUGGAGGGACAGGAGGAUGAGGAAGGACAGACAGUUAAAAAGGGUGGAGAGAUGAUAGAUGAGAUGAAUGAGUAGCAGAGAGAGGGAAGGACACAUAGACAAAUAGAAGAGAGAAUUACAUAAUCAAGACCAGGAGCUGGGCGUGGUGGCGCACGCCUUUAAUCCCAGCACUUGGGAGGAGGCAGGGGGAUUUCUGAGUUCGAGGCCAGCCUGGUCUACAGAGUGAGUUCCAGGACAGCCAGGGCUACACAGAGAAACCCUGUCUCAAAAAAAACCAAGAAAAAAAAAAAAGACCAGGAGUCUUAGCACAGCAUGUCCAAUGAAAGACUCACUGAAAGCAACCGGCCCUUACCACAGAUAUUUGAAGUUUUAAUUAGUUAGUAUUCCUCUUCCUAGUAGGUGCUCAGUAUCUCCUGUGGUGUGAAGUCACUUUGAGUAGCCCCUUCAGUGCUAACAUCCAAAGACUAAGACUUUACUUCUAACAUUAGAUUUUUUUUUUAAAAAUAAAAUAAACUGUUUAAAACAAGAAAGUGAGAAUCACAUGCACUCUGUAAAAUAUAGGCAUGUAUGGAACACGUCUGUGCCAACAUGUAAAGGAAACAUGCUUUGGUAUAAUGGAAAGUCCUACUGACUCUAUUUGUGUUCAAGUGUUGCUUAAAUAAAGAGUAGCUUCCCAUUUUUUCUAGAAACUUCUACACUUUCUAUUGUUAAAGGCAGGUCAUGGAUGGUCACAGCUCUAAGCACUGGUCUGGGAAAUUCUUCUUUGCUUUGACCUGACUAAAUUAUGUACUAAUAUUGAUCAUAUUAGUGCUCUUAGCUGCAGCUAUGCCACCAACUGACUUUUCUUCAUGAAAAGAUGAUGCAGUUCCAAGAAUGGGCACAUCCUUUUCUACUCUGGGUCUCUCUAUAAAAGAAAGAAAAGGAUUCUUGUUGUAGGCAUGAUGAGUUGAUUGAUCUCAUUGCAUAGUGGAGGAAAUUGAACAUAAUCAAGAGCCCUGUCUACUGCUUAGAUUCCUCAGAAAGCUCUUGACCCUCAUAUCAUAGCUAACUAUUCAGAGGCCAGCAGAGACUGCCAACAUGGCUCCUAAUCCUACUUAGUGGCUGUUGUUGGCUUUAGUGCAGCUGAGUGUGGGCCCCUUAGUCCCACAGAAAGGCUAUAGACAUGACUCUUGCUUUUCUCAUUUCCCCCCCAUUAGUUGAUCCCACAGGUAGCAAUCCUAGUCAUCUGCUAGACAACCCAGAUGUCUGGGUGCAAGAAACUCAGCCUUGAACAGUGAGCUUAGGACAUGGUAACCCUGGUAACUAGUUUCCGCAUGGUAAAUGUGGUGGCUUGGCAUUUGAUAAUCAUGUCCAUGGUAAGAGCAGCUUAUUUAGAGGACAGUUGGUAACUGGACAGCUGGGUACUGCUUAUUGACACCUGCUGAACUAGACUGUGCUGUCUCAGAAGACCAACUCCCGAGUGCCAUUGGACAAUUUGGGAAUAAUGAAACAGGUGUACAGCCAUAUCCCUGCAUGUUCUUGGUGUCAAGGAAGCCUGUUUAAGCAACAUGAAUUUAACACACAAUUAUGACUCUAGACAUGUUCAAAGAUUUCACUAAGGAGACAUAUUCAAUUUAAACUAGCUUGAGUGAAAGAUUAAAUGACCCAAUAGUUUUUACAAAAUGCCAGAAACAAUAAAAAGAAACUCUACUUGAUUUUUAGUUUUGAACAUUACUGCCUCUAUUGUUUUUGUUUUAAAACAAGGUCUCAGGUAGUCAAGGCUGGUCUCAAACUUACUAUGUAGUCUAGGAUGACCUUGAACUUCUGUCCCUUGUUCCCGCAUCUCCCAGGUGUGGGAAUUAUAGUUAUGCUGCUCUUUCUACUAAUGUCAUUACAGAUAUUCCCCCUCCCCCAUUGCUUCUGGUGCUAACUAACAUAUAUCAGAAAAUUAACAGAAGAAGCAGAGUUAAAACGUUCUAGUGAUCUCUUUAGGCUUUAUUUCUUGGAGGAAAAUACUUUCUAUCUUGUUUUACAGCUUAUUUCAGAGAUGGCUCCUGGAAAUACAGGUCUUUUUUUCAGCCUUAAGAUGUAGGGUGCAGCUAUAUAAGUGAGGCAGAGACCUUUCUUGAACACUUUACCAGAACCUUGAAAAAUCCUACACAGAAUAAAAGGGCAUAGAUUUACAGAGACAGAUGACAAUGUCCUUCCAUUCUUUCUGCCAGAAGUUAACCCCUUAUACUAAAAAAAUUAACCAUUGGAAAUGAGAACUCCCACAAGCCUAGAGAUGAUCUAGAGAUGAUCUAGUUGUAGAGAGAUCUGUACUUACAGGCUUCUAUAACUAGUUGCUCACUCAGAACUGGGGACUGAACCUACAGCUUUACAUGGGCUAGGCCAGUAAGUUAUGUCCCUGUUUACCCCCACAGCCACCCUUUCAAGAGAGAGUUCCACUGAGUUGUCCAGGUUAUUCUUGAACGCAUUCUGUAGCUUCAAGAAGCCUUUAAUUCACGAGCUUCCUGCCUGGGUGUCUAGAGUAGCUUGGGUUGCAGGCUCGGAUGACCAAGCUCACCUCCCAGGUAGCUUUUAUUGGAUGUUUCUUUGUCUUUAGUUUGUUGCUCAUAGAGACUCAAAGUGCUUUGAGUGUUGCCAUUUCUUUUUCUUUUUAAAUAAAAUUUAUUUUAAAAAGUC